AUGGGCUAUGCCUCAAGCAAGGAGAAGAAGGACGCAAAAACUGAUCCAGAGAUCAUCAAGGCUGCCACUCCCACCACAGGCCUGGAGUGCACAGGCCUAAGGUCAGUUAACAUCACCAAGCUGAAUCUGCUGCAGCUAGAAAUGCUCAAGAACCAGCUGGACCAGGAAGUGGAGUUCUUGUCCACAUCCAUUGCCCAGCUCAAGGUUGUACAGACCAAGUAUGUGGAAGCCAAGGACUGUCUGAACGUGCUGAACAAAAGGAACGAAGGGAAAGAAUUACUGGUCCCACUGACGAGUUCUAUGUAUGUCCCUGCGAAGCUGCAUGAUGUGGAACAUGUGCUCCUCGAUGUGGGAACUGGCUACCAUAUAGAGAAGACGGCUGAGGAUGCCAAGGACUUCUUCAAGAGGAAUAUAGACUUCCUCACCAAGCAAAUGGAGAAAAUCCAGCGAACUCUGCAGGAGAAGCAUGCCAUGAAACAGGCUGUAAUGGAGAUGAUGAGCCAGAAGGUUCAUCAGCUCACAGCCCUGGGAGCAGCUCAGGCUACCACCAAGGCUUGAGAAUUUGUUUCAGAAAUGGGGCAGAGGCUGCCUGCUUCAGGGGCCUGGGACUUUGUGGGCAGGGUUUCCUGCAAUGCGGGAAGAGGAGGGUCUUGUGUUUAAUGCUAAUAAAUG